AUGCUACGGACGGGUAAAGUUUCGAUAAUACCAUUUCGUACCUCACUGUUCCGUAAGCUUCAGGCACAGCCACCAGGAUAUUUGACACCUAUCAUUUUUUUAUAUUUCUUUUUUUUUUCCAAUUUCAAAAGCGUCAACUUCAUGAGGAAUGCGAUGGCGGAUGCGACGAGCAGCCACUUGGAAGGACCCACCACUCUUGUGUUUGUCUAUGGUACUCUCCAGCGUGGAGAGAACAACUACCCCUGGUGGUUGGCCAACCCACGGCAUGCCGCCUUCAUUACUGUGGCGAUAACUAGGAGGCGGUAUCCAUUAUUUGUCAACCUGCUUCCUGGGAGCAGUUCCUGUUCGCCCUGUUUACUCAACCUUCCGGAAGAAGGGGAGGAAGAUUUUCCCGAAGGUAGUUUUGCAGGUGUUGAUAGUGACGGUCGUGUGACGGCGCAUCAUGUCGUGGGUGAAUUGUUUGCGGUCACGGAAACUAUGAAACGGUGGCUUGAUGUGCUGGAGGACGUGGAAACAGGGUUAUAUAGCGUUGGUACCAUAGAUGUUGUUCCCCUCGGCAACGCGCAGUUUGUAGAGAGAGUACUGCUUGUCGGGGAGGGCGAGGCGAUACGUGCGCUGGUUUACUUCCGUGAAAGGGAUUAUUCAGAGGACUGGAGGAGCCCUAGUCCCAAGUGCGGCUCGACGUUGUUGAGGCGAUUUUCAGCAUCGGAAUGCGUGCGGAUUUAUGGUCACCGUUUCACUGGGUCGCCUGCCCACCUCCGGGGGGCGGUGGGGUUGAGGGAAGGCCUUGAGCGGAUUGGUCACCGGAGUCCCACAGCUACCCCCGUCAACCCGAAGCCCAUCGUACUAUUCAUUAUUGACGGGAUUGGGGACGUCUCAUAUCCGGGGUUGGGUCAUCGCACCCCUCUUGAGGUCGUCUCCGGUUGUCCCUCCCGUGGCGAGGGUAGUGGCGGCACUGGUCAAGGCGACGAUGAAACAUUCGAUAAAUUUGUAGCCCCUGGAAUCAAUGUGGUGACACGACAUGGUGUCAGUGGUGUCAUGGAUGUUUUUGAAGCUGGUGUCACUUGCGGCAGCGAUACGGCACACUUGUCAAUUUUCGGCUAUCCCCCCCAGCAGUAUUACAGGGGUCGCGGAGCAUAUGAAGCCUUGGGAGCGGGGUUGCACCUCGAUGAGGGUGAUAUCGCCUUCAAAUGUAAUUUUUCUGUUUUAGAUGAGAAGACAGGCAUCGUGCUGAAGCGGCGCUGCGAUCGCGACUUCACACGUGAGGGACCAAUUCUUUGCGAGUUCCUUGACGGUCUGGUCGUUGAAGUCGAGCCCGAACACGAGAUAGGCGAAGUGAAGACCCACACGCUGAAGGUGCGCUACGCGACAGAGCACCGCUGCGGUGUGGCCAUCACUGGUAACGGCCUCUCACAUAAGAUCACAGGGACAGAUCCUCUCGCUGAUGAUCGUCCGCUGCUUCACUGCAAACCGACUGUGUCACCUGGCCACGAGGAGUACGAGGCGGCACUUUACACUAGCCGUGUUGUCAAUGCGGCAUCGGAGCGUGUGAACGAGUUACUGCGGUGCCACCCAAUUAACGAAACCCGGCGCGUAGAAGGGAAACAAGUUGCAAAUAUUGUUCUUUUCCGCGGUGCCUCAAACAAGGGAUGGGUUCCACCGUUUACGGUACGCCAUGGACUUAACGGCUUCAUCGUGAGUCCCACAUGCAUCAUAAAAGGAUUAGGCAUCUGUUGUGGACUAAGCUCCGUGGAUGCGGAGGGGGCUACUGGCGAUUGGGACACAAAUGUCAACGCCAAAGUGGAUGCCGUACUAAAGGAACUGGGAGUUGCGAAUUUGUUGGAGAAAGGUAGCGGUGAUAAUACCGAAGAAAUCACUGCAUCUCCAUACAAUUUUGCUGUGCUCCAUGUGAAGGGUGUCGAUGACGCUGGGCAUGAGUGCAGUUUAACGCACAAAUUGGUGAUGCUGAAGAAGUGUGGUGAUGCCAUGCAGCGGUUGUGGGAUGCCCUUCCGACCGGAAGCACAAUGGUAGUGUUGGCAGACCAUUCCACACCAAUUUCGCUAGGGGACCACAGCUGUGAACCGGUGCCCGUUUCUCUGGCAACUAAGGGGUCUGAAAUCACGGAUGGUGUGCAGUUCUAUAGCGAGGUCGAAUGUGUUGCAGGAGCUCUCGGACGGUUCCGCGGUGAGGUUCUAAUGGACGUUGUCAAGCGUGCGCACCAUUGGUAUCACUACCGCCAGUAA